CUUCUAAUUCAAAAUCAUCCAAUUGAUUUCCUAGUCAGUACACGGCCAGCAAUGGAUGUCACAAAGUGCGGUUUGGGGCCACUGUCCCCGGAGUUCCACGAGCCUUCCGACAUCGACGGAGUCAGGCAAGAUCUGUUCACCAAAGGCAUUGCCUUUAUUGAAGGAUGUGAUGAAGAUUCCCUUGUAGAAGUGGCCAACCAGCUCGGCGAUAUCAACCGGCCCCGGAAUGAGAAGCUCCAGGGCAGUGGUGUCAGUCAUAUCCGCUUCGCACCCAACCUGACAGGGAAAGGAUACAGCUCCGAAGAGUUGUUCUUCCACACCGACCGAAGUGGCUGGCAGAGUCCUCCCGGCAUCUUGAUGUCUACUCUGAAAAGUCGAUCAGAAUCCGGUGGUGAAUCUCUGCUCGCAGAUAGCCAUCGCAUUCUCGAGAUCAUCAAGCAAGAGGACGAAGAGCUGUACAAGCUUGUGACCAGCGCCAAGCACACUAGCUUCUACUCCGACGACGGCGUGUUCGUCCCGCGGGCGAUCUUCGACACCGAAGACCAGAUCUUCCGUUUCCGCUUUGACGACAGCAUCCAGCUCUCGGCGUCCAUGGUCUCCGGCUUUGCCAGGUUGCAGGAAACCAUCUAUAAGAACGCAUUCGUGGUCUCGCUCCAACCCGGUCAGGGCUACAUCCUGAACAACCACCGCUUUCUGCACGGCCGGGCCUCCUUCUCCGGUUCGAGAGAGCUGCUUCGCGUCCUCGUAACGCCUCACCCUCCUCGUCGCGAGAUGGUCGUUCUCUUCGACAUCGACGGCACCCUCUGCCGCUCGGAAGACCUCAGCAUCGACGCUUACUUCUCCUGCGUCAGCGCCGUCGUAGGCAAGACCAUCACCCACGCCAACACCCCCGUCAGCCUGCACGGCCGCACAGAUCUCAGCCUCCUCCACGCCAUCCUGGACUUCCACGCCGUCGAGGACAAAGCCCAAGCCACCGAGAGGUUCUUCUCCCUGCACCCGCAGUAUCUCGAGGACUCCCACGCCAAGGGAUUCCCCGUCCUGCCGUGUCCCGGCGUCAAGGAGAUCCUCGGCUGGCUGACCGAGUACCAGCGAGACCGAUGCGAUCCGCCUCUCCGCAUCGGCCUGUUGACAGGUAACUCGCGGCCCAACGCGCUGUUGAAGAUCCGCGCGGCGGGCUUCGACACGAGUAUCUUUGAUCUGGAGAUCUCGUCGUUCGGCGAUGUCCAUCCCGAUCGGCAGUCGUUGUUCCAGGACUCGUUGCAGCGACUGCAGACUCGCUAUGGUCGCGGCGUGGCGGCUCAUGAUAUUGUUAUUGUUGGCGAUACGCCGCUGGAUAUCGAGUGUGCGAAGCAGACUGGGUGUUCUGUUGUUGCGGUCGCAACGGGAAGUUAUAAGGUGGAUGAUUUGGCGCUGUUGGAGCCGGACUUUUGUUGCAGUUUGUUGACCGAGGCGAAGGAUUAUUUGGCUUUGAAGUGUGCCUGAGAGGUCACAGAGAUGAAGAUGUCCAGUUAAAAUUAGUUUCAGUGUAGACAGACCAGCUUAUGGUUCCCAGUUAAGACCUUUUUUUCUAUAAUCGGAAUCUGAUAUAUAUUUUCUCAG